ACAUAUUUAUGUUUCUAUAUUUACCGACAGCUGCAAGAUGGCGACCUCCUGUGGAAAACGUAUGAUGAAAUAAUUCAUUUGGUUGAAUUGAUAAAUUACAAAAAUGGAGGAAGAUGGUAAUCAAAAGAAACAUAGGAAACGUCAGGCAGGGCCAAAGGCUGAGAAGAAAAAGGCAAAGAAUAAGCACCAGCAAGAGUUAACUCCCCAGCAGAGAAAUCCUAAAGCGUUUGCCAUUCAACAUGCCCAAAAAACUGCCAAACUUAUUCGCAGGACACAGGAUAUCAAAACCAAGAAGCAGCACAUUCCUUUAGUGGACAGGACUCCCCUGGAGCCCCCACCAAUAGUGAUAGCCAUUGUGGGGCCUCCAAAAGUGGGCAAAUCUACCUUGCUACAGUGUAUUGUCAAAAAUUUUACCAAGCAGCGACUUGCCAAUGUACAGGGCCCAGUCACAGUGGUGUCAGGGAAAACACGGAGACUGACUCUGAUGGAAUGUAACAAUGAUAUCAACAGCAUGAUCGACUUGGCCAAAGUCGCAGACCUGGUAUUACUUUUAGUUGAUGCAAGUUUUGGUUUUGAAAUGGAGACUUUUGAGUUUCUGAACAUUUGCCAAGUUCAUGGUUUUCCGAGGAUUAUGGGGGUGUUGACACAUCUAGAUGCUUUCAAGGAUAAUAAACAAAUGAGAAAAACAAAGAAAAGACUCAAACACAGAUUCUGGACCGAAGUCUAUCAGGGUGCUAAGCUAUUCUAUCUGUCUGGAAUGGUGAAUGAAGAAUACCAGAAGACAGAAGUACACAAUCUGUGUCGGUUCAUCUCAGUCAUGAAGUUCAGACCACUGCAAUGGAGGCUUACUCAUCCAUACAUUGUUGUAGACAGAAUGGAAGACAUCACAGACCCAGAAACCAUUCGACAGAAGCCAAAAUGUGACAGAAAGUUGUCUAUGUAUGGCUAUGUGAGAGGGACACAUCUCAAGAAUCACUCCAUGAUCCACCUUCCAGGUUGUGGGGAUUACAGUAUAAGUGACAUGCAGAGUUUACCGGACCCCUGUCCAAUGCCGGACAAGGAGAAGAAAAAGACGCUCCAUAUCAAAGAGAGGCUGAUCUAUGCCCCUAUGUCAGGAGUGGGCGGGGUCAUAUAUGACAAGGAUGCUGUGUACAUUGAUCUCGGGGGCAGUCACUCCUUAAAGCAGAAUGUGGAGGAAAAUGAUGAACCUAUGAAUGAAUUGGUGGCCUCCCUAAUGAAUGUAAACAAUCCAUUGGACCAGAAAAUGGGCACUAGUCAAAUGACCUUGUUUUCUAACACUGCCCCAAUCACAGAGGCAGACAUUGAAGAGGAUUCUGAGGCAGAUGAUGAGGAAGGAACUGCAAGGGUUCGAAGGUCAGCAGACUUUAAUGAUGUUGCUGCAACCAAUCAAAAACAGGAAAAGCAAACAGAGGACUUGGUGUUUGAUGACAGUGAUGAAGAAGAAGAAUCCUUUAAUCUGUUUUCAAAUUCAGUUAAAAAUCAAACUGUUUCAAGUUCUGAGAGGACAGGAAAAAUGGAGGAAAGUGUAGGUAGUGAAUCUGGAUCAGAUUCAAACAGUGACUCUGAUGAUGAGGAGACUUCAUCCAAGAAGUUGAAAUUAUCAAGGACUACAGGUGAUUCCAAAACUGCAAAUUCCUCAGAAAUUGUUGGUGGUAAUGUAACUUUAUCCUCCAGUGGUAAAAAUGUUGAUACAGACACACCUAAAGGAUUGAAAUCUGAUAACUCCAAUAGUGAAACAGAAGAUAGUGAUGAUGAUAUGGAGGAGGAGGAAGAUGAUGAAAAUGAAGAGGAUGAAGAAAGUGAAGAGGAGGAGGAUAGUGGUGAAGAUAUAAGUGAUGAAGAAGAAGAAGAUGAAGAGGGAAAUUUGAAAUGGAAGGCCAAUUUAGCUGCUGCAGCUGCUGAAUCAUUUAAAAAGAGACAGACUGAGAGAAUAAAUUACAGGAAGCUGAUCUAUGGAAAAGUUGAGGAAGAUAAAGAAGGAGAAGAGGAAGAUGAUGAGUUGGGAGGGCUGUUCAAGGUGUUAAAAAAGAAAGAUGAAAAGAAUAACCCCAACAUCUCAGCUAACAUGACAGACAGUUCGAAAUGUGUGCCUGAUAAACUCCAGAGCUGGGAACUAAAAGAGAUUCAGGAUUUGAUCAAAGACUGCUUUGUGACAGGAAACUGGGACAAGAGUGAGGAUGCUAAAGCACUCUUAGAACAGGAUGAUGAACUGUUUGGAGACUUUGAGGAUCUAGAAACUGGAGAGAUUCACCAUGGUGAUGGAGAGGAUGAUGUAGAUGAUGAUGAAGAAAAUGAUGAUAAAGAAGAUGAUGAGAAUGCUGAUGGAGAACCAUCAGUGAGGAAAAAGACUAAAGCGGAGAAGACAGCGAUGGAACGUAGGAUGGAGAAGAAGAAGAAGCUAAAGGAGUUGUUUGACAAUGAGUACGACAUGAAGGGCGACAACGAAUUCUACGACAACUGGAAGCUGGCAAAUGAAGAACAAGCUAAGUUGAACAGAGCAGAGUUUGAAAACAUGGAAGACAGUUUAAGGGUGGGAUACGAGGGGUUUCGGCCAGGGAUGUAUGUCCGAGUGGAAUUAGACAGACUUCCAUGUGAGCUUAUCAAUAACUUUGAUGCAACCUAUCCCCUUAUACUCGGGGGACAGCAGAGUGUGGAGGGGAAUAUAGGAUAUGUACAGACUCGCUUAAAGAAGCACAGAUGGUACAAGAAGAUCCUUAAGAGUCGGAAUCCACUGAUUAUCUCCCUUGGUUGGCGGAGAUUCCAGUCCAUCCCACUGUACUCGAUACAAGACCACAACUUCAGGAAUCGCCUUCUUAAGUACACGCCACAACAUCUACACUGCCACGCCUGCUUCUGGGGCCCUAUCACCCCCCAGGGAACUGGCUUGUUGGCUGUGGAGAGUCUAACAGGAAGUGAGCCUGGCUUUAGGAUUGCUGCAACAGGAGUGGUCCUGGAGUUGGAUAAAUCAAUGCAGAUUGUCAAGAAACUGAAGCUUACUGGAACACCCUACAAAAUCUAUAAGAAAACAGCAUUUGUUCAGGGCAUGUUUAACUCCAUUUUGGAAGUAACGAAGUUUGAAGGGGCCAAGAUACGUACGGUCAGUGGAAUCCGAGGACAAGUGAAGAAGGCUCUUAAGACCCCAGAGGGGGCCUUCAGGGCCACAUUUGAAGACAAGAUUCUCCUCAGUGAUAUUGUUUUCAUGAGAACCUGGUACCCUGUGGAGGUGCCUCAGUUUUAUGCCACAGUGACCUCCCUUCUGUUACCUCCAGCAGAAAAGGCAGCCUGGGUAGGGAUGAAGACCCUGGGGCAGUUGAAGAGAGAGAGGAGCAUUAUGGCUCCCCCGAAAGAGGACUCACUAUAUAAGCCUGUUGAGAGAAAGAAGAGAUAUGAGCCAACUCUGAAAAUCCCCAAAGAUCUACAGAAGAUGCUGCCAUUCAAAGACACUCCCAAAGUGCUGAAGGCAAAGGAAGAUCCUUACAAGAGAGUAGCAGUUAUUCUAGAGCCGCAUGAAGCCAAGGUUAAUAAAAUGAUGAAGAUGGUACAAAACUUGUAUCGACAUAAGUUGAAGUCAGAUAAGAUGAGAAUGAGAGAUAGAGUGUCCAAACACCAAAAGGAGAUGGAUAGAAUUGGGGUUAUUAAAGCUAGGAAACAGAAGCAGGUCAAAAAGGACAUAUACCGGGCAUUAGGCAAGCUCCAGAAAAAGAACGAGAAAUACAAGAAGGAUUGAGACUUUCAAUGUUUUAUUGUGGGAUUAUACAUGUAUCAACUACUCGCAGCUUUUAAUGGAUCAGAAUGUAUAUGUGGGAAGGACACGGAUUGCUUUAAUCUCCGACAGUAAUUUCAAGCUCUUAAUUAUCAGGCUGUGACACUAAGGGGUAUUUUUAGCAGUUUGCUUUUUAUACCAUUUGUUGUGUUAAUGCCUCCAUUAUUUUUGUAAUCAAUUCCCUCAUCCUGUUAAGAGCUUGAGAAGCUGUGAUUUCAUUAUUCUGCUGUGUGUGGAGGUGCUCUUACUGUGGACAGGAUAUACAAUACAAACAAAAUAUGGAGAAUUAGCCAUCACUAAUCUGGCUUGACAGUGUUAGAUGGAUAUUGUCAUAUUCCAUUAGUAACAAAUGGCGUAUCUUUGAAGUCAAUUUUAAAUGUCACCAAAAUAUUAAAAUUCAAUACUGAG